AUGGCCGGCAUGGAGAAGAAGAAAGACGGCGGCGGCUUCGGUGAGGGUGGCGGUUACGUUGUGGCGGACUACAGUGGUGUUGGCGGCUACGGCGUUGAAGUGAAUGGAGGAGGCGCUGCGGUGUAUGGCGGUGGCGGAUUUCCUCAGUAUCGAGCUGGUGCGGGUGCUGGAGUGGGAGGGAGUUUCGGUGGUGGUAAUCAAGUCUUCUGCUUUCCAGCCAUGUACAACAGCGCGCCAAAGCAGGCCAGUUUGAAAGGUCUCGGCUCUGGCAUCGCGGACAUCGGCCAGCAGCUCAGUCAAGCAGUCAAGCCUCAAGACGGUCAGCACGUCGGCCAGCAAGUGAAGCCUCAAGUCGACCAGCAGGUCGGCGAGCAAGGCGUUCCAGUGUCGAUGUGGUCCAUGCGCAGCGGAUGCUCUGAGAACGACGACUUCUACUUCCCGACGCCCGCUCAAGCUGCCCGCGAGAAGUACCUGGCACGCAAGGCCGAAGAGAAGAGGAAGCGGUCGCCGGAAGAGAAGAGACAGGCUUCGUUCGAGAAGCACCAGAAGAGGAUUUCAGAUGAAGAGAAGAAGAAGCAGAAGAACAAGUCGUCGGCCAACAACGUCGUCACGAACUCCGUCACGAACUUCAAGCAGCACGCGGUGGCGACUCAGCAGGCUCCGCUCCUGCAAGCCACUGCUGCACAAGCCGGCACUCGUGUCCAGAGCGAAAACACCAGCAAGGACAACGCUGCCUUCUACCAGCAAUACGUCAAGACUCUGAUCGUGAACCACGUGACCGAGCUCACCGAGAAGGAGUGCCAGCUCAUGAGCGCCCAACAGGCGAUGACUGCGAAGAACAAAGCCAUCGAGGAGCUCUCAGCACGCAUGUCAAUGCUUGAACAGCACGUGCUCUCUCAACAAGCGCACAUCUCGAUGAUGCAGACACCGCAGACGAUCGUGUACCACCCUGCGCCUGUCUAUGGACAUACUCCAUCUACUAUCGGCCCCAACGAGUCGGUAUCGGUCGCCCGUGUGAACCAUUCGAGGCUUGAGCAGCAAGCACAGCAGUACCAACGGCCAACCUCACGCACGCCAGACACUGCUGACGACACAGCCUCCGCAUCGCACCGCACUCCAUCGUCCGACUUGACCAAAGUCUCUCCGUCCACGAAUCCGUUCCUGACGAAGCCACACUCGUGCGACGACGUCUUCGGCGGCACCUCUCCACCAACAGUGGCACUCACACCCGGCGCCUGGAGCCCAGCUGCAGAGUUCGCGAAGAAGCCCCUCCCAGAGCUCCUUUCGUCCUGCUUCAAGAAGGUCGAGGCCUCUCUUCACGCCCUUCCAAUCGAGCCCAUCCUCCCAAAUCACGGCCACCGCCUCUCCGGCCCGGAGUUCGAGAUCUGGAAGCUAGCGCAAGAGCACCUCCAGAACAACAGAAUGGCAUCCAUUCAGAUGGAAACCCACGAGGAGCGCUACUGGCUCAUGCUCGGCAUGCUCUCCCAAGAAGUCGUCAAGCAGAUCUUCAACGACUCCAUCCUCGGCCACUUCCCAGGCCGCCACGCCCAAGAGUUCGUCCAGCUCUGGGCCGAAGAGCAAGACCUCCGCCGCCCGCAGAACCCGCGCUGCAUCGAUCUCAUGCACCGCCACAAGCUCGCCGAGACCCGCGUCGACCUCGCCAACACCAUCGUCAAGAUGCCCGGCUUCUGGAAGUGGGUCCAGACCUUUGCGGCCGACAAAACCGACGCCAUCAUCUCCAUCUACGCCCCGGCCUUCCAGCGCAACCACCUCAACACCCUCCACGCCCGCCUGCACAAAGCCGUCGUGGAAGCCACCAAGAUCGCCAUCCGCAUGCGUCAGGAGCCGAUGAUCUUUGAGAUCUUCUUCCCGCGCCACGGCAUCGGUUGGGGCUCCAAGUUCAUGGUGCACCGCAACAAGGAGCUCGUGGGCCAGGAGAUCUCGGACGAGAAGUGUCCGUAUGUGGUGAGGUGCACGGCGUUGCCGUUGGUGAAGUAUAAGUGGUUUGGAGAGAACACGGCGGAUCCGGUCGUGUUGCACAAGGCGGAGGGGACGGUCGGGGAUCGCAAGACGAAUUUGCGGCCGAAUAAGCAGAGGGUGCGUCAGUGA